GCGUUGUUUCAAGAAGGGUGUCUGCACCUCCACUACGAAAAGUUCGUAUUGUGGAGAGAAACUUUCAGGUGGAUGACGACGAUGACGAUGAGAGAAACGGAAACACACAUGCGGCCUCUGUACGACGCGGGACUGCGCAUGGUUCUAUCCACAUCAAUCCCUACAUCCCAUGGCACACGCCAGAAACGCGGCAAUUUUUGCGGUCGGCAUUUACUUUUAGUAAAAGUUCGACAAUGAGGACAAGUACUAGUAGUACAGCACUUACUAGACGUCUAGAAGGGGAAUGGGAUUUUUCAACAUCCUCUUCAAGCAGUGACGAGGAUGGAGAAGAGAGCAGGCCUGAAAAAGGUUUCCUACGUUCCCAGGAUCCACGGUCUGCUUAUCUCAGAUUGAAAGUACUAGAAUCCAGAAGCAGAAGUAAGAGGUGGCGCAAAAGGAACAUGAGCGCCAUGCUAGACGAGGAAGCUGAACAUCAGCAUAGUCACAGAAAGCUUUUCCAACAGCAGAGAAGGCAGAAGCGAGUACGAAGAUUGGCACCUCUACUAGAUACGGAACAAACUUUGAUGCAGUCUCCUGCAUUAGAAGACGCUAUAGACGAGCCACUGCACUAUCACAGAAUGCAUUCACACACCACAACAGCGGGAGUCAAACAUGUAGUGCAUCACGGCAAGAAUUACUUCGAUGCCAAGACGUUAGCACUAGAAGAGCUCACGAUGGAUAUAGAUCCAGAUCAAAAUGCAUUUGAUGUUGGAGGGGGAGGACCAAUCGAAGCAGAGGUUGAAAGUGUCCCUAUGAGAAGGCGGAGCACUUCUUCUAUGCAAGGAGAAGGACGAACACCAAACAGGCAGUCAAGUAGAAUCUCUAUGCCACAAACGGGAGCAAGUGGACGACGACCACGACAAAACAUGACAUCUUCUAGGAGGAUGAGUAGAGGUUCGUCUUCUGUAUCACUGAGUGGAGGUACACCUGCAACUACAGGUGGAUCCUCUAGAGGUGCAAGUCGAAAUAUCACGACCACAACUGGUACGAGGAGUAGUUCUUCUCAACCACAGACAACUCGUCUGGCACAAAACGAAUCUGCUUCAGCGUUGCUUCAAAAAGCCAAUUUCGAUCAGUUCUCCUCGAAUUUCGACUUUGGUCACUUCUCCUCAGCCGAUCGUAGCACGUGGUACCAGCCAGAAGAGCUAGAGCACACGUUGGACGGAGAGGGACGUUUGUAUGACACGGUGCCACUGUAUCUGUCCUCUGGAGGCUCAACCGGUCCUCAGCCUGCAGGAAGCCUGAAAUAUGCCCUUUGUGUCUUUGCCCCAGUAAUCAAAAACAGGAAAAAGCAGGAAGAACGCAAAGCAGUGGACGGAGACAAGAUGAGGAAGAAACAACAGGUUGUGGACGAACGCGAGUCUUCCUACUCUUCUGCUUACAAUCGUAGACAGCGAGAGCUCUUCGACCUCCGUAUCGCGGAACUUAGACAAGAAGCGACUGCGAAAAGUCUCUCUAUUCGCCUCUCGGUGUUGCAAGCAGACCUGCUUCCUUACAGUACAAAUCAGAUUCGCACGUCUGUGCAGAUUCAUCUGUGUGGAAGGGUAUGGCACGACAAGUGAUGCUAUCAAUAAAAUGAUUCUACUUCACGUUCUUUUUCCGAAGUAAUAAUUCGAUUUCUUUAUAACCGUGAAUACCUAGUAGAUACGUACUAGUACAAGUAGUCUUGUUCUCUACGAACAACCUUGUUACUGCACGAGCCAGUCCGCUCUACGGCCGCCUUCUUUCAACUGAAGAUACCGCUCACUUACCCCCUCCUCCCCUCAUCCCCCACCUUUCCUUAAACUUUCAUCUCUCGAGCAUCUUCUUUGUCCAAAUGGCAUCGCAUGGCACACUCCCGAGUACCGCUCUGCUGUAAUGUUGAGUGACUGUGAGUUUCCUAGGGAUGCUGUUGCGAGGAUUUCGGUUCUAGAACAUGUGGAAGCAAACGAAGGCGAAGGCGGCUCUGUGUGGGACAGUUUUAAUUUCUUGGGUGGUGGAGGUGGUGGUGGUGCGGGUAAGGCAGGUGGAGCUGAGUUAUGGCUUUAUUCUCUGAUCUGACAGUAGACCACCCCUCAAAAAGCAUAUUAUAAUUAUAGAAUCAAGGACAUCUGGGGAUGAGCCAUGUUAUAACAUAUUUAUUGUAGUUGCAUCUGCUCUGUGCUUUGUGAGAAGGCUAAAGAAGUUAAAAACCGAUGCCGAAGAGGAAUAGAUCUAGAAGAUGUUUCGUCUAAAAAACGACCCCAUUCAGCAGAGGACAAGAAACGAAAGUACAGAGGAAGCAGACGUAAAGACAGCUGGAAACGCAGAUAAACAAAGUACUUUUUCUACGAAUCAACAAGGACCACGACCUACAACCAGUACUAGUGGAGACAAUUCUUCUGGUGGUGGCCUGUUAUCAGGCAUUUCUAACGCAAUAGGAAACCUGGUAACUGGGGGAGACGGAGGUUCUCAGGAACAAGUAGCAGACGCAGAUAGUAGAGGUACCAAGACUACACGUACUAUCCGUGGAAACAGGUCUUCAUCUUCUUCUAUGACUACGGCAACAAUCAAAAAUAAGAAGAUCCAAGAUCUAGCAGAAGCUGGUGGAGAUGAGAAUGUGAACGAUAAUGAUGGGGAUAAAAGAAAAAUGAGUAUCGCUGCUGGUGUCUCAACCGCUUCUGCACAAGAAGCAGCAAACACCAAACCAUCCACCAUGGAGCUUGGUUCUACCUUCGUGGAUUUAGAAGAUCGAUUCCUGCAUGCAAGAUGCCGACGAGAGAUGCAGCUCGGGAAAGCAGCCUUUGAGUCGCGGCCUCUGUAUUCUUGCUUUUCACGGGGUCUGGCGACAGGUCGUCUCAUUUUGAGAACGGAAGUGGUCAACAACAUGAGUAGACUACUGCAAAGCAGUAGAUCUUCGAGUGCCAUUGGUGGAAUGGGGCAAGUGACGAGUGAGGCGGGACUUUUAUGAUGAGGAAAAAUAUUUUCAAAAAUCUCAUUUUGCGGAAAACUACAAGUUACAACAACUCUGAUGUAGCUCGCAUUCGCAAACGCAAACUCUCUCCUUCAUCUAUAAGUAACCGCGAUAAUAUUAGACUUUCACAAAUACUUACUGUCACCUCUCUAAAUCCCUCUUCCGGCGCGGCUGGCGGUGACGUCUUACUUCGAACCCAGCAUCGAUUCCACACCUUGCAGUUGCAAAUUGCCGUUUUCGACCUGACUGAUUUGAUUUUUGGCUUAGGCUUAGAGGGCGAACGCGAUCAGGUGAAUGUGUCGGUGGUGGCGAGGAUGGUUCUAGACAGUGGCGAAGUUAUCGAAGAGACAACGGAUGUUCACAGACGUGUUGCACCUUUCGAUGGCAGAGCGGUGUUUAACUGGCGACUUGUCUUUCCGGAUCUGCCUUUGGAUCUGAGGAACGCGACGGUCAGCGUUACUUAUGAGGGAGUAGUUAUUAGAAAAGUAGUGAGAAGAUCCCAAAUUAUAGUUUGCUGGUCCUCUUGUUAAACACCGUCUACGUCUAGUCCAUUCAUCAUAAAGAAACUAAAAGCUACAUCAAGUAGUACUACAAGCAAGUAGCCCUACAAGCAAGUAGGACUACACGCGAAUCCGGGCGCGUAUUUCUUCACCAUACCGAAGAACAAGCAGAAGCACAGAAAGAGACGCUGCUUUGUCCCCAAAAUAACUGUAAAACUAUGUAUUCCACCCAACCUUGUUCCCCUGUACCCUCUUGUUCUUUCAUUCCUACGCUUAUGCGAACAAUCUGAUUUUUGAAAAUGAACCCAUUGGAGAAGCCCUCUUGGAUUUUGGCGAAGACUUCAAGUUAAUGGCUGCCAGGGCUAGCACACCAACUGAGAAUAGGGUUGUUUUGGCUGGAGGAGGCAGUGGGAAUAAUAUUAAGGCAUAAAAAAGAUAAUUCUACUUGGUCAUUUAUCUGUGAUAGUGAUUGUGAGUGCUGUAACUUUUUUUACCAAGUAGUUGGAGCACGACUUGAAGAUGCAUUUACUGAUAUACAACUAGAUGAAGAAGAAGAUUGAUCAACAAUGUCGAUUCUUCUUCCAAUUCAACAAUAAGCCUUCGUCCAAUUCAAUCGAAGACAUCCAAUUCAACAAUAAGCCUUCGUCCAAUUCAAUCGAAGACACAGCGGUCGUUUUCCCCUCUUUUCCGUUGCGUUUGACUCUGCCCCAUUUUCCUGGAAAGGUGAGGGCUUUGGUCAAUCUGCAAGUUUCGAUAUUUGCUCAAGACGUUGUUGAGGACACCAUUACCAAAUUACCUGGGUCGGCAAGAACCGAGCCAAACGAGCGGCCGUUUUUAGAUGCUGCAGAUCCGACAUUGCUACUCGGAAGACAGUCGCCGUUUCUGUUAUGGCUUUUUCAAGGUUUACUCAGAAUCUCUAUCUCGAACGUACUUCGUUCUAGUGUCUAAGUACGUCUUUGCCGUUUCUUCACUGGCGCUUGGAUGAUAGAUUUAGUAGAUCACAAUUUGCAUUUUUUAGAUCUUCAGCUACCUCAGCCCGACGACACUCUACGACCCCUGUAGUAGAGGUUUCUAAUCUCCGAUUCUUCCGUGAUGAACACGCUGACUGGCGUAGUUAAGAGUGCCUGGACGUUAGCCAAAUACAUCUUGAUUUGCAAGGUGAUCGCUGCAGUCAUUGGGUUUAUCUAUGCGACAAUCAUCGUUUUUUCGCAAGCUGGAGUCAUUGGACAACAGGCUGGAGCGAGUUAGAACUGGGUUAGGCAGAAGCGAGUGCGAGCCAUAGGCUUUCACGACAUGGACUCGUCGUCACGUGAAAAUAAAUCUAAACAUCGACCGCCAUGGUUGUUUUUAUGACAUUAGAAAAGUUAAACUAGAACAUUAGCAUGAGUAGUAGUAGAGUAGUAGUGGCUCCAGAACUGCUGGAGGUGGAGGUUGAAUAUCACACUACUUCUCUACAUUAGCAUCAAGAUUGAAUAUCACACCUCCCACUUCUAUGUCUUUUUCAUUCAAGGUUGAGCCUUUCUGACAUUGAUUUUAGCUAUAGGACAAGGACCACCAGAGCAGGUGCGAAGCAGAUACUAAAAAGUUUGCGAAUUGCUGUACGGCAGGAUUCUCAUGAUCCUGAGUUGUGAAGGUAGAAAAAUAUUAUGCAAUAAUGAUUGAAGCGAAAAAAGAAUGGUAGAAGAAGAAG